UAAAUUUAUCACCAUUAAGUUUGUUUCACCAAUGUUAAGAUUUUCCUCUUUAUAGUGCAACAUUGUUACAAGCAUAAACACAGGCCAUAAACAGAUAAGUAUGGACAAAAGAAUACGAACAUGUAAAAAUGUACGAAAGCAAGAUAUUUGAUUCCUUUAACUGUUAGUCCUAUUUGUAAUUGUCAAACUACCAGUAUCAGUGUUAUAAUGGGGUGGCCUAUGAAGGGACAGUAAUAGAGGGACAUAACACCUGUAUCAAUGGACAAUAAUCCUUAGUAAGGGCCAGAUGUGUAUAAGGCAGUGUCAGUAUGAUGGAUAAAUGCCCUCUUAUGUAUCAGCAGCUGUAGGAGGCACCAGGUAACGUGUGAUGUCUGUAUUUAGUUCAUGUCCUGUUAUAAAGUUGUGGCUAUAAAUUGUGUGGUGAGUUGUGAUGUCAGUUUGUCCUGUGUCGUGAAUAAACACUGCCUCCAAUUUUAAGGUGUCCAUGAGUACCCAACAACCCCGCAACCCUGGGGGUCCUAUCAUUGAGGCCUCCCCAGACCCGGAGGAGUACAACCGCGCCCUCAAGAUCAUUCUUGGCACAGUCGUUGGUGUGAUUGGUAUUGUGGGCCUGAUAGCCUUGUUUUUCCUGUUAUUCAAGUUCUGGAGGAGGCGCCAGGAUCCCCACCAUGGGACUAUUGGACGUGAACGAGCUGCCAGUCUGCGGUCCAUCUCUAUCGAUAUCAGCAACAAGCAGCUGCCAGGCGUGCUGGUGCUGUACUCCUACGACUGCCCCAUGCAUGAGAAGGUGGUCCAGUCACUCGCGGGUUUCCUCAUGGAGGUGUGCUGCUGUAAUGUUGUGCUGGACCUGUUUGAGGAACAGAUCAUCCAUGAGAGAGGUCUGGAUGACUGGUUGAUAGAACGGCUACAGGAAGUUGACUACAUCAUGGUUGUGUGCUCCGUUGGUGCUCGAUUAAGGUGCUCGAAGAAGCGUGUGCGAUUUAAAAGCGAGGCUAGCCGAACGUUGCCAGAUUACUUUGCUGUUGCUGUGGAUUAUGUCGGUGAGAAGAUGCGAGUUGAGAGGGGGAAGGGAUUGCCGAUGUCGAAGUUCAUCACUGCGUUCAUGGAUUACUCUAUGUCUAGUGAUAUUCCUCCGCAACUUGAAACUGGGACCAAGUUCUGUCUCAUGAAGGACCUGAAUAAACUGUAUAACCAUUUGCAUGGCCUGGAGCCCGAUGAUAACAAGUUCGAGGCCACCUACCCAGGGGUGUCUGAGAGUAAUUACCAUAAGUCAGAGGUUGGUGCUGAACUGUACGUGGCAAUAGAACAAGCCAAGGAUUACUUUCAGAGCAGCCCCAACUGGGUAGAGGACAGAUUACAGCAGGCGGCACCAACACAGAUUAAGUCAAAGUCUCGCCACAGACGCCACAACUCACAAGAACAACCUUUACUGGACCCAACCUGCACAGAACAUGUGACACCUUCUAUUACUAACUGUGUGGAUGCAGCUGUUGAGGUGCACACACUUCCGCGAAGAUCUAGUGGGAAAGAUACUGGACAGGUGAACCUAUUUUUGUAUAGCCGCCAGAACUCCCUGCCCUCAUCAUUGAGUAGCCGCCUCACUGUUCACACGUCAUCGAACCAAGUGAAUGUGUCUAAGAGUUACGACAGCUUCCGAAACACUGAGAAGUUCCGUGAUUCUGACUCAAUAGCAUGUGUGCUCUGUGGAAAACACUCCCAUCCUGAUGGCAGGCUGUCGUGUAAAGGACACAAGUCUGAGCAGUCGGACAUAGAAGUGGAUCAGGAAUACAGCCAGUCAAAGAACAAAAGUAAAUCGAUGCCCACUGUGUGUGGGAACAGCCUGAAUGGAUCCCAGACCGUGCUACACGCCGAGGUUCACAAGGACUGGGACUCUGCUGGUAGAGUGUCUCCAAUGUCUGACUUGCAGGAAACUGAUUCCACUGGAUCAGACACCUUGGAGAGAGACCUUCGGUCCAUCACCAUGCCUCCAACAUUUGACAAUGUACAUUAUUCGACAUCAGCAUAUCUUCUGAGCGAACUUGUUCCUCUGAGAAGCCUGUCCUCCUCUGCUCUGGUGGUGUCCAACUCGGACCAUCGUAUCCGGCCUGUGCCGACACUUCAGCCAGUGGAACUCGGACAGAGUGACGAGUCCAAUGGGAAUGGUUUCUCACUUGGUCCAGUCAUCAACUUAAACCAUGUCUGAUUAGGGCCCAGUAGUGCUUCACAUUGCCCAACUCAGGGUUUGACAUAUGUAUUAUUUUCAGCCAUGAGGACAAUGUCUACAGAAACGUCACUUGUCCCACAGAAAAUUAUUAGACAACAAAAUCAUCCGUCUUGAACAAUAUUACUUAUCUUUCACAUAUUUGAAUGUGUUAAAAUAUUUUACUUAUAGCUGAACUUUCACACAAGGAUAAGCAUUCUAUAAGUUCCUCUAGCCACCCAAACCACCUCAAGUUGAAAUUACUGGAUGGGUCCUGAUUAAUUUUUGCUGGAAUUGUCUAGAUGGCCAGUGUAUUUGUUAUAGUGUGCAACUGUAUAUUUAUGUAAUGUUAAUCAUGUUAAUCAAAGAAUAUUUUCCGCUGAUUGAAACUCAGCCCUUGAACCUGGAGAGGACGUAGUUGGUAACCAUGGUAAUAAUGUGAUUGUAAUUUGCCCUGAUUAGUAUAAUGCUUUCACCAACAUGAGGAGAUGGGGGAUAAUCUCCCAUAUAAUCAUGUCAUAGAAUAUAUUUCUUAUCUAACCAUGCUAACCAACAAUAGGAAUAAGAUAUAGCUCUGAAAAUCUGUAAUUUCAUUCAAAUACUGUGUUAUGGCUAAUUGUCAGAAGUUCAUUGGCUCUAUGGACAACCAGAAUAACCUCAGCUGAAGUACAAUGUGAAACACAAUUGAGAAAUAGUGCACUUGCAUCGUCCUCAGUGCAAAUCAAAUAGGGCCAGAUUGUGAUAUUUAGUUUCAUGAUUCUCCACUGAUCCUUGUACUGAGUGUACAAUUACUUCACCUAAGAUCCACGAAUAAUCGUCUGUUUUUCUUAUUUUUCAUGUUAUUUUCCCAGACCCAGUGUGUUCUACCAAUUUAGUCCUCCCUUGUUUGUACAUAUAAUAUCAGUUCCUUCGAUUUCAAACUUAUUAAGCUCAUGUUUUUAUGUGUGAGUAUUGGACGUCAGAUUAUUUGUCAUGUAAACACAUGUUGAGAAAAAACAAGUAGAGAGAUAUAUUGAACAUGUUGAAUACAGAUCGUAAUCCCCCACAAACAAGCUUUGUGAGUCGGUGUAUCAGAAAGUAUUACUUUUUUCACACAUGUUGACCAUUUGGACAUGUUGGUGCAAUGGUACAUUUUGGUAUGUAAUAUUUUCAAUUUUUUAGGAACAGGAUUGAUGGAUUGGUUUUAAUAACUUUGUAUUAAGAUUGCUUUCAUGUCAUGAUUUUUGGCAUUUUCAAGAUCAAACUUAAGCAUGUUAAGAUGUGAGAUUGAACUAAUUAAUUCAAAGAAAGGGAAACAUAAUCACAUUAUGAACAUUAUUUCAGAAUUUCCGUAUAUUUUGGUCCAAAACAUCUCCUUGAAACAUUCCAUUUACUAGUGGUCUAGAAGUGCCUUUUCACAUUUAAGAUAUUUCACCUUUGUUACAUUUUUCACGAUUUGACAGAAAGAUCAAAUUAUACUAAACCUGUUGAGCCUAUGGCUAGUGAAUGAUGCAAUUGUACUGUAAUCAUGAAAUAGUAAUUAAUUCAAGUCAGUAUUAACACAAAGUAACAUGUUCUAUUGGGCCAGGUUCUCCAUCUGAUUUCGAUCAUUUUGCGUAUUUUCCAGGAAAGGUCAAGGUCAUCACUUGGUCACCAGAGGUCAAAAGUCAGAAAUCUUAAGUUGUAUCCAUCAUCGUGUCCCCAUGACUACAAUGCUAUCUUUUAUCAGGAAAUGAUGAACAAUGUACACCUUAUUUACCAUCGGUCAUUUUUCACUCACAGUAGAGAUCAAUGUCACUGUCAAAGUCAUCAACUAGCCAGAGUCUUGUGAACAAACUACUUCAUGUUCUAGCGGUAAAGACUUAUUGUCUUAGCAAAUUCCUUUAAGAAUAAUAAGAUAGAUGAUUCAUGUUCCAAUUUGGGGGAUUCUUUUAUGCUAUUUGAUUAGCAAAUGAUAAACGUCAAUUCUUCUGAAAAGAAACUUUUGACACUGAUAAAUCAGAAGUUUUACUUUUGACUGUAACCAUGGUAACACAGAUGCCAGUAUGUAUACAUACAUAAUCUAAGACACUGUCUCAAUAUGGUUAUGUUUUGUCUGAUUUCCAGGAAAUGUCAAGUUCAUUUGGAUACAAUUUUCAAUCACCAGUCAUUACUAACAGAGAAGAUGAAUUUCAUAUUUUAAAGACUUCUGAAAUUAAUAAUUCAAGAAUUAUGCUGACCUUAGCUUUCUCAUAUCAUUGUAUGUGAGUAAAUGGUUGGUGACGACCUACAAAGAUUACGUCGGAAAUAUGCAUCUUGUACUGACGAAUGACACUGGUAGUUGAAUUGUGUUCCAAAGAUUUGUUUUGAAUGAGCUCAAUUAAGAAAAGUAUUUUUUGUUUUCAUGAGAUAAAGGUCGCUGAUAUUCUGCAUCAUCCAAUGUAUUGUAUCUCAAUCUUUGAUGAUAAACACCCUCUGUCCAUUUGCCACCAUGGUUUUGUCCUGAGUAAAUGACACAAUGCUAAAAAUAGCCACCCAAUCAAAUUUCUUUGUUCCGUUAUGAUUAAAACAAACAAUCUCAUCAUCUUGUGUUCCAUCUCAAAUAGGGGGGCCCAGUCGUCGCAAUUAACUGUGCAGAGUUGUGUCCCUUGGGAACAUCAGCCCCACGGAUGAUUGUGGGUUCGAUUUCUGGUUCGCCCUGAUUAUGUUCAUAGUUUCUCCUGGGUUUCUCCUAUGAGGUAAACAUCUAAGACCUGUGUUACUUUGAGCUUUUCUCACACAUCAAACUGACACGCUGUAUUAUAACUGGAAUACUGUUCAAAGCAGCAUUAAACACAACUCGCUCACUCCACCUCAAAGACAGUAGGGUCCUGUUGAUAGUGGACAGUCUUCUGAUUUGUUAUUAAGCUGCUUUUGUUAAGACAGUAUCAUGAUAAUUGGCUUGCUCGUGUUAGGCCGCAGUUUUGAAUUUAAGUUGAUGCCAAAAUCUUGUUCAGAAGGGUCAGUUUGAUGAGUUGUUGAAAAUCAAGACUGUGAGCAAGAUAGUUUUUGUUCCCAGUUAGUAGGAGUGAGUGAGUAUGGUUUUACGCCGCUUUUAGCAAUAUUCUAGCAAUAUCACGGCGGGGGACACCAGAAAUGGGCUUCACACAUUGUACCCAUGUCGGGAAUCGAACCCAGGUCUUCGGCGUGACGAGCGAAUGCUUUAACCACUAGGCUACCCGACCGCCCCCAGUUAGUAGGAAGACAGUGUUGGUGACAUCACGACCCAAUCCAGGAAGUGGUGGCAAAUGGAUCUAUCCACAGUAAGAGUCCUAAUAGAGUGGAGAUACAUACACUGGUUAAAGGAGGAUGCCAUGUGCUAUAUGAUACUGUGUCCCUGUGUACAACUGCAGGUAUACGAGGAAGGUGGGGGUAUAGGGGACUUUUUCCUGUUGAAAAUACUGCAAGAUGUCUGAUGUAUAAGUAUUCAGAUUUCUUGCAUACCAAUAUUGAUGAUGCAGUAAGACCUCCUACAUACCAAUAUUGAUGAUGUAGUAAGACCUCCUGCAUACCAAUAUUGAUGAUGUAGUAAGACCUCCUGCAUACCAAUAUUGAUGAUUUUUCUUGCUGCCUUAGAUUUAUCAUCAGAUCUUGUAUGAAGAUAUUGAUGAUGCAGCCAUAGAUUGAUCACCAGUUUGAGCAUGUUGAGAGCUCUUGUAUGUCCAUCCGAAUGAUUUGGUACAGUUUUGUGUUGUUCCCUCUGACUGUCCAGUUGUGUACUGUGUUGAACAACAGGCCCACUCUGUACGCCCUGCAUACAGAGAUACAAAGAUUUAUUUUCCACGAGGAUUGUCCAUGCUAAAUCUCGAAUGGCUGCCUCAAACAUGACAUGUAUAUAUUGAUGUGGUUUAUCAUUGACUUUACAUAUUGUAGUAUACAAGUGUUUUUUGUGUGUGUCCUUCAGAUUAUCACUGUUAUAUGUAAUUAUGUUGUUGUUAUCAUCAUCAUCAUCAUCAUCAUCAUCACCCACAUUCUUGUGUCAAAUUGCUCGGUCGGUAUCAUAUUGCUCCAACUCCGACUCCUGUUUCAGGAUUCGCACAAGGGAACAUCCACCUCAUUAAGAACUGUCGGAAAUAGAAAUAAAUUGAUUUUUGAAAAUGUUUAUCAGCAUGUAUAAAGAUGUUGCAUUCACAGAAAGACAAAGAUUUGUAACAUAUAUACUUCUCAAAACAAGUUAAGGAACCCCCACAAGUGGAAGGUUGUGUGUUGCAAUACCCACCAGCUGUGACAGACUAACUGUAGUCAUAUGAAAAAUGUGGGUGUUCUUUAACUUUUUAUAUUCCUUCUUGGCUUUUGGCCUUAGCCAUCCAAGCAUGACUUGAAAAUCACAUUUAUACUUUAUUUCGCUGAACAUGGAACAAAACAUAGUGUGUUGUGACAAGUCAUCGUUGCCAGGUAAGGCUUUUCUGUGUAAUGCAUCACUGCUCUAGCUCUGACUCGUGUGAGAAUGCAGGUCGGAGCAAGGGCGUGCGACAAAAUUCAAACUCUUUAGGAUUUCAAUUUAGUUCUAUUUCUGACGCUACUUCUGUAUUCUACUCAAAAGAAGUUAAAUAACAUCCGACCAUUUGACAAUAGUUAACCUGUCAUGGCCAUGGAAGAUUAACUAUAGUCAUGAAAAAAAGGGGUUUUCUGUACCUUCUUUUGACUAGUAUGUAAAAGUUUUGACUGUGUGGUUGCCAUUACUAACUAAACAUGUAUAGUAUGCCAGUGUAUUCCAGUUUGAUGACAGCCUCCAAAUUAAUACAUUUCUCUUUUGAAAUAUAUAACUAUUAAGUGGUGAACAAUAUUAUCCAGUUAGGUUCAAAUUUGAUUGUACAUACAUCCUAUUAAUUUGCCUUUCAUUAUUGUUGAUUAAGUAUCAAUAAGAAUAUCUAAACAGUAUGUUCAUCUUGAUUGUGCUGACAGGCUUCAUUGCAGCAACUUCCCAUUUAAGUGAGUGAGUGAGUGAGUUUGAUUUUACGCCGCUUUUAGCAUUAUUCCAGCAAUAUCAUGGCGUGGGACACCAGAAAUGGGCUUCACACAUUAUACCCAUGUCGGGAAUCGAACCCGGUUCUUCGGUGUGACGAGCGAACGCUUUAACAACUAGGUUACCCAACCGCCCCUCCCAUUUAAGACAAUGGCAACAAUAACUUAUGUCUUUCAGGCAUGAAAGAGUAUUUAUGUGUGGCAUCUUUCGGGGCAUUUUAAAGGGGUGUAACUCUUGAAGGCUUUGUUUCAAGUCCUUGUAAAACCAGUUAAAAUUUGGUUUGUUGAAUAAUAGAAAAAAGAAGAGAAAUUCUAUUAUUUAUUUAAAAGACCAGGUUUUUGAAAUUAGAGAUGUUUGUACCAAUAACCUGAUAACCUGGGAGCAUUGCGUUACAGCUGACAACCCGUAAGGUUGCUGUGUCCAAGAGUCUGCCUAUUGGUCAGUGGGACUAUUCCAUUUAACAUGUUAAUAAAACAAUUUUGUUCCCAUUUCCCCAAUUUUUAUUAUAUUUAUCCAUAUACCUGAGAAAUGACCAUCGCUUGUGUCAUGUAGACUUUGAACCUGACUGUGCUAUAGAUGUAUAUAAUUGUCCCUAUAUUGUUUAAUAUUUAUAUAUCAUGGUAUAAAUAUCAGUAUAUUUGUACUUACUAGAGUUUUUUACAAGCAUGUUUAAGUGAAGUUUGAUAUUUUUCCUGUGUAUUGUUUGAUUGAUGACUAUUAUUAUUCACAUUUCAAUGAACAGAAUUGUUAUUCAGAUUCAUAAUGGGUGUGAUGAAUUGUUAUUUAUUUUUAUGAACUGCAUCAAGGUAGAAUGCAGUUGAAUUUUGUUUCACAAGGAUUUGCAUAUCACUCAAUUUUUCUAGCAAAAAAUCAAAAUAUAUUAUUGUUUUAACUUAUUUUGUUUAUGAAUGAAUUGUUUGUAGAUCGAGAGGCCACCUUAGUGAUUAGCCACAAAACCUUUUGAAUGUUUUUUUCUGAUGUACUGUUAGGAUAUAAAUGUUCAUUAAAGUACGCUGAACUUGUCGGGAUCUGAAACAGUAUGGGCAGGAUGUCAGGUGUGUUCACUAGUGGUGUAUUAUUUUGUAUGAAGUGAGCCUUUUCUUCUUCUUUUUCCACUUGAUCCAUAGGUCUUCAGCAACGCAUGCUAUCCAUAAAAGGCGACUGUGUUUGUCGUAAGAGGCGACCAACAGGUUCGAGUGGUCAGGCUUGCUGACUGUUGAUGCAUGACAACGAUCCUAAUCGCGUGGAUCAAUGCUCGUUAUGUCAAUCACUGGAUUGACAAGUCCAGACUCAAUUAUCAACAGAUGAUAUUGCUGAAAUAUUGCUGAAUGUGACAUUGAAUAACAAACAAACACAUAAGGAAUCAUUAUCUUAGGAUUUAAAAUUACAUGUUUGUCUCAAACUAUAGAUAACUCCAUAUUUUGAUGGCCAUCAAGGCUUUGAGUGAACAAUGUUUUGCUGUAUUGUUGAGCAUGUAUAAGGGCAAGAGACAUAUCUUGAUGAUGAUGUUGGAGAUUUAAUGAGCUGCUGUCAGAUUGACUAUUUUCAGUAUGAAUGAAUAUUCAGUACACAGAUAAACA